GUCUAUAUAUUAUUUCAUUCAAACGAACGCGAACUAUAUUAAUAUCUAUCGAAUUAGAUCAUGUUUUGAAACGCGGGAUACCUAAUUCUAGCAAAAAAAUAAAUUAUAGUGAAGUGAAUUAAUGAAUGUGAGGGUGGAUAUAUCUAUUACCAGUGUUGGCAGUUAAAUUUAAGUGAUCCUUAUUGUUAAUUUUUUGAAAAACGAUGAAUAAUAAUAUUGGAAAUAAUAUUAGAGACAGUGCUGUAAUAAGUGAAGAUUCUAGUUCAGAAGAUGACAUAGAUUCUUCUGAAGAUGAAGGAGAUUGUGCAAGUACAAAUGGAAAUUAUCGAGAUAGAAGAAGUUUACAAUGGUGUCCUGUAGAUACCUACAAGCAUAACCAACGUAAUCAUAACCACCCUCAUCAUAAACAACACCAUAACCAUCAGCACCAUAUCCAGCCACAUCACCAGCUACAUCACCAUCCUCGACACCACCCUCCAGUAAAAGUAGUAUGGCCUCCUCCUUCCAACGCUACUCCCUCAACUUCUUCAUCGAAUCAGUUUCGGUUUAGCAACGUUAGGAUAGGGAAUCCCAAGCUUGGAGCGAAGAUGCAACUUUAUUGUAAAACUGGACACCACCUGGCUAUAUAUCCUGAUGGGAAAGUCAGAGGAACUGGUGAUGAAAACGAUCUCCACACAUAUUUGGAAUUAUCUGCCGCUGGAUACCCAGGACAUGUCAGAAUACGUGGGUUACUUACAAACUUAUACAUUGCAAUGGAUAGAAGAGGACGUUUAUAUGGAGAGUCACGCAUAGAUCCACCUGCAGAAGCAGAUCCAAUGAUGGAAUCCACUGUUUUCAUAGAAUCAUUCCAAGGUUCCUACACUGCUUACUUAUCCAGGAGGUAUGCGCAUCUGGGAUGGUACAUCGGCAUCAAAAGGAAUGGGAAAAUAAAAAAAGGACCAUUGACUGGUUAUGGGCAGAAAGCAGUAAAGUUUUUGCCUCGAAGACACAAAUUUGAAUAAUUUUUUUUCUAUUAAAAUUUAUUAGUUUCGUGUCCAUAACUAUUUUCUAAAUUAAAUAUAAAUAUAUUUUUGGCCUGUUACUAAAGAAACACAUUUUUUUUUUAAAUAGAUCUAUUGAUAGCUGAAAUAAAAAAUAUUUUAUUUUAUCAUUAUCAUGUACAAUAAUUUUAUAAUUUCAUUGCACGGAAAGUACACAAGUCAUUCUUGUGAAAAAAAAUCUUUUGUAAUGGAUAAGUGUUACAUUAUUUUAGAUCUUUAAUAUAUUCUUAAUAAACCUAUCUAGAAUGUGUCUAUAAUUUUUCAAUGUUAAUAGUGACAUAAAUCAAUAUUCUAUAUAUUUGUACAAUGUUUAAAUCUUUCAUUUACUGCUAACUCUUUUGCAAGAACUAAGAAAGGAACAUGGUCGAUAACCAUUGUUUAAAUUUUGUAAAUAAUGAAAAACAUGUAACUAGUUCAUUAUUACAUAGAGAAUUAAAAGAGAUUUAAAACAAAACUUGAGUAAUUAUGGAACUAGCAAUUAAAUUAUAAGCAUAUAAAUAUUAUAAUUAGGUAAUAGUAGUCAUUAAGUGCAGAAUAAGAUAUAUUGUUUUUUACUUCUUAUAAAAUAGUUGGCAUUAGGUCAAGAUACGUCUUUGAAAAAUGACAUAAUUUUUAUUUAGAAUUAGGUGCUAAUUGUACUUAGAAGUUUCUUUGAAAAUAUUUAUUAGUGUUAUAAAAUUAAUAAUUAUCCACAUACUAUUUAUUUAACACCUGUUGUUCAGUAUUAGAUAUUAUCUAUUUGUCAAUUUAAGUUACAUCACAAUUUAUUUGUUAUUUAUUUUAUAGUAUACUUACAUUGUAGAUUUUGAAAUAUAGGUACUUACAUUUCCA